AUGGAAGGACGCGCGAGCGAGUUGGCCGAGGUCUCGGCAAACCUCGACCUCGAGGCGCGCAUUCGUGAUGGUGCGCAAAACAUGCUCAAGAUGCUUGACGCGCGGGGGGACGAGAACGAGGCGCUACGCAGCCAGAUUCAGCGAGAGCUGAGCGUCGCCGAGGCGCAGCUCCAGGCACUCCAGGCACGGAAGGAUGAGCUGCAGCAGCGCGCGACCAAGACGUCCGACACGGGCAAUUUCCUGCGGCCGCGUGCCAUCCGCGCCGUCCAGGGGCUCGAAGACUUGAACACGGGCGAGCUGCACUUUGCGCCGAGCACGCCCGAGCUCGACGAGGAACAAGCGCGCGUUCGGAAACUGCUUCCGGCCCUCGCACACGUUCUCACGCAGCUCACCACCGAUGCGGGGCUGCGGGCAGCACCCGGCGCGCCGCCCGUACCACCGGCGCGCCGCGUGACGCGCGCGCAGAUCGACGUGCUGUCGUUCAUGUCGAGCAUGUUGCGUGCGCACUCGCUCCUGUGCGUGGACUUAGAUAUGGACGUGCCGCCUCUGCUGCCGCUCCUCUUGGAACUGAUUGGACAAGGUGCGAAUGACCGGGUACGAGCGUAUGGACUGCGCCUGCUACGCUACAUGCUGCACGACGGGCUGGUGCAGCGCCUCGCCGAGCACCACCGCAGUGCGCUCGGCCUUUUUGUAACGCGCGCAUUGGCGCGGGAAGAGGCACAGAGCUUCGAGCGCGAGCAGGCACUGAAACUCGUACGUGCGCUGGCUCUGUGGGACGCACAAAGCACCAAGCGUACGCACCUCCUAUCGGAAGGGAUCGUACGCGCGCUGGUCGCCAUUGCGCACGAGCCUGAGGACGUGCUGCACUCGGCUGUGAUCGAGACACUAGCAGAAUGGGCGAUGCUCGACGCGCCGCUCCUCGCACGCACACUGGCCUAUGCGCCGCUGUGGCGCGCGGUGUGUGAAAUGCCGCCGCAGCGCUCCAAGGCCCUGGUGCGGUGCUUGAUGGGGCUGCUGGAGCGCCCCGAGACGCGGCAGUUUGUGUGUGCGGGCACGGACCUCGCCGGGGUGCUUGCGGGCUUUACCAACGUCCCGACCACCGCCCAGGAGCACUAUGAACAGCGGCUACAAACCACCGAGCAGGUCACGCUGUGCCUGCUCACUUCCUGGGAGGGUCUGCUGUACUUGUGCAUGAACGACUGUGCGGCACUGCGCACCAUCGUGUCUGCAUUGCACCUAAACCAGCCGCGGAUCCAGUCGCGGAUCCUCGCGACGCUCAUUGCGCUCUUCCUCUCGACCUCGCCCAAGAAGCGGCCAGAGGACGGGCACGACGCACGGGCGCGGCCGCCGCCGAUUCCGGGGCCGGCGCUGCGUGAGCAGUACCUGGGCCUGGUCCUGGUCCUGCUGCUCGAUGCGGGCCUGAUGGACGCGUUGGUCAGCAUUGUGCGUGCCUCGGACGAGCUGCGGCCGGUUGCGAGCCACCUCAUGCGCCUCGUCCUAAACCUCGCACGCCGUGUCUUGCCGGAUACGAGUGCGCAUCUGCACGCCUUCCCCGACCUGGUGCGCCUUGCAUGUGACAGCAAAUCCGAGCCGCUCGAGAGCCAGCUUGCGGCCAAGACGGCGCUCCUGUCGAUCGACCGCGUCGAGUCGCACCUGCCGUUUGGCUCCGUGGACGUGAUGCAGCACCAGCAGCAAUACUUGAGCGACGUGCGCACGCACCUUGAUGCAACGAUCGACGAUCAGCAGUUCCGUGCGCUGAUCCGCGACUCGCUCGUGAUGGCGACCAAAGAGCACAUUGCGUGGAACGUAGGCGCGCUCCACGAGCUCUUGGACGGACCACUGCUCAACGCCCGACGGUUCGAAGAGGCGCUCACCAGCACCAAGCUGAUCCGCCGCCUCCUCUCGUUCUACCGCCCAUUCUCGUUCCGGUACUCGGGCCUGCAGGCCAGUGCAAAGAACGAGCAGUGGACGGCGCUUGGGCGCAAGUACUUCCGCGUGCUCCUACUGCAUCCGGAUGGCGUGCGUUUCCUGAGUGAAGAUCGCUUCUUGAGCGAGGUGCGCGAGGCGUUUGAUCAGCUCGUGGUACACACGCCGGACCCCCUCUUUUCGGGGCGCCACAUGCACCGGACCUUGGUCAGCGGAUACUUUGAUUUUUUGCAGAUCUUUUCCGAGAGCGUGUCAGGUCUCGAGCUGCUGCGCCACGCCCGCAUUUUUACGCCGCUGCUGGCGCUGUGCAGCAUGGACGACCAUGCGUCCUUGGUCGUCGAGAUGCUCCUACAGACGUUCGACUAUGCGCACGACGCCCCGACGCGUCUUGUCCUCCGCCGCGCACUCACUGCGGGGACGGCGCAGGUGCGCCUCUCAGCCACGGUGCGUGCGUCGCACUUUUUGUGGCUGGACGGCGAGCCGCAGGAAUGGGCCGUGGACAUGCUCUUGUCACAGCUGUACGAUGUCGCACCCCAAGUCCGUCGGCUCGCCGUGCAGCUCGUACAGCAGGCGAGUGCACAUCCGGCCAUGCUGCGCUGCGUCAUGGCGCAGCGCCCGCUCAUCGACUUGCUGAGCGACGAGGACGAAAGUAUGCUCCUCCGUUUCCUGUCGCAGCCCAGCGGAUUCGACCACCUCUUUGGGGAAUCUUACGUCGCUGAGCAGGCGCAUAUUUGGUAUACCCGCCAGAACACGGCGUAUGUCGCAGACGCCGAGCAUGCUUUGGCUCAUUCCCUCGAGGCGGAUGCGCCUCCGCUGCCCAUCCACCUCUACUCCCAGCUUGUUGCGACCGAGGCAGGGUGCGCCUACCUCGCCGAACUAGGCCAUGUGCCUGCACUCGCCGCACAGAUCAACGACGGCUGCAGUGCAGAAGACAUGCUGGAUUGCAAAGCCGCCCUCUGGGCUCUGGGUCAUAUAGGCACGUCGGACGCCGGCGUCGCGCUCCUCGAAGAGCACGAUGUGAUCGAUGCGAUCCUGGCACUUGCCUCGAGCGCCUCGGUCGUGUCGAUACCCCCUGUGGAAAGUGCCCCCGAGCCGCCUGCGCCGAAGCUCGUACCUUCGACCGACGUGCACGAAGCACAGAUCUACACCAUGAUGGCCAGUCUCGGGAAUGCCGUCGUGACAGGCACGGCGUGGCGUGCUUUGGCCAGGGUGUACGAAGAACACCCCGAGCGAUUCCGAAGCGUCUCGCUCUUUAGCCGUGCUGUGCAUCUCAUGGACCACUUUGCGCUGCGCCUCGCCGUGCGGCGGCAUAUCUGGAAUGUCCUCGAGCAGAUUCCCCUCUCCCUCGCACUCGUGGGCGAGAUGGAGCAUACCCACGCAGAACUUGUGGUUCCCAUCACACCUGAGCCUAGUUCAGCGCCGCCCAAGCCGCGCGCGCCACGCCGCGGUGCCUACCUUUAUCCUGUUCCUGUCCGGCCCGGCGCGCAAGAGUCUGCAGCGGAUGAGACACUGGGUCAGCAGCCCGCCUCGGUCCAGCACGGCGCAUCGCGCAUGCCAGGCAGCACGACACGCGCCGCCUGGCCGUUGCGUGUCACCGGGUUUGCUCCGCACGCGUAA